GGGGGCAAUGCCAUUUCAUUCGAUGUUCAACUGCUGUACCGUCAAGUAGUCCCGUCUUGUCAUUUGCCCCCUUUGAUUGUUGGCGCUAUGGAGCUGCCAAUCAUUCUGCUCGAGCACGAGUUACUGGAAGUCUCUCCUGGCAGGGGUCGUCUGCUUUUUCCUCCGGAACUUUUUGCUUGGCUUGCUUGGAUUGCCACUGCGGGUGGGAACACUGCCCCUCGUAGCC